GUGACCUAAUGUGCUCCGGCCGUUUACUUUGUUUUAGUUACGAAAUGAUUUUUAUGACUAAAUAAUAUUCAGCUUUAUAAAAAUAUCGUAAAUCUAAAUCUACUAACAUGUUAUAACUUAUGAAGAUUCUGCAAGUACAGAAACCUUUAAGCUUAGGUUAGGAAAUUGUCAACACACGUAUACGUGUGUAUGUGCACAUUGUACAGCGACAAAUCGCGCAACCGCAACUAUGUCAUUUAAGUCUGCGACAAAUUAACAAUCCGAUCAGUAUUAAAAAACAAUGAAGUGUAGUUAGCCUUGAAAGGAUGGGAUCAUUCAGUCUCGGAAUUGCGGUCUUAUUGUUUCUGUUGCUCCCAGAACAGAGGCAUUGCCUCAUUCUGACGGCUGUCAACAAAAGCGUUGAUCCCCAACCAGAGUAUAGACCAGAGGGACCUCUUGUUCUCUGUAAAUUUUUGCCCAGAGAAUUUGUAGACUGUGAUGAGCCUAUUGAUCACAAAGGAAACAAAACUGCCAAAGACGACGUGGGCAUGGGUUGUGUCAAAUUUGGGGGAUCGAGGUACGAGGAAGUUGAAAAAGCCAAAGUCUUCUGCACAGUACUACCAGAAAUUGAGUGUCAUGGUUACAGAACAUUUCUCAGAGGUGGUGUGCCAUGCAUUAAGUAUGCUGGACACUACUUUACUACUACUCUACUCUACAGCAUUUUACUAGGAUUCUUAGGCAUGGAUCGCUUUUGCUUAGGACAAACUGGCACAGCAGUUGGCAAACUAUUGACACUUGGUGGCAUUGGAGUUUGGUGGGUAGUAGACGUUAUAUUACUAGUUACAAACUCACUGCAGCCAGAAGAUGGCAGCAAUUGGAAUCCUUAUGUUUAAAAAUGAC